AUGGUUGAGAUCUCCGGAUCUGCUAGUCUCACCAUUGUUGUCCCGCACACAGUCGUGGCAUUCCUCACUCUUUGGCUGGAUAUAGUUUCCACUAUCUCUGGUAAAUCUUUUGCGUCCGGUCCGCGACUGUUCUCUGCUCCCGUCCAACCCUUGAGAGACUUCAUCUCCACUACACCACUGAUACCACUACGCUCUAUGUCACCUCCUUCCCGUCAUACCGCGCCGAGACUCUACAGGGCUCCAACCAUCUUUUGGACUUUGAUUUGCUCGCUAAUACAUCAUUGCUGCGUCUCCAUCACAUUACGCCGUCUCAAGCAUCGACGGUUCUUCACAGAUUCGGUUCUGCGGUCUUUUUAUCCUUCUCCUCGUCGCCGUAACUAUUUUGUAAGAAUGUGGUCUCGCCAAGUCUUCUCGCUAUUACGUCACCGUUUCGUUUCCAUCACAAUACGCCAUCUCAAGCAUCGACGGUUCUUCACAGAGUCCGCUCCACAAUAUCCUAUAUCAUUCCUAAUUGUAAGAACUACUGUGCAAGAGUAUGGGUUCGCUAGAUUUUCUCGCUACUAUGUCACCGAUGCGUCUCCAUUACAUUACGAUGUCUCAAGCAUCGACGGUUCUUCACAGAGUUGGUAUCGCAACCCUCUCAGCGGAGCUGAUAUUUUCUACGGAGGUUCACAGACUUCUUGUUCUCAAAACCCUUUGGUUAGGUUAUUCAACGUCGAUUUCGACUUCUUUGCGUUCUUUCGAAUGCGGGCUUUAGGACUACAAGUGAAGCUUCUCUAUGGUUCUCUUCUCUCCUUAGCCAUGUCUAUCUUUCGUUAUGUCUUAGCUAUUUUCGUUUAUCAGUUUACUGUCGAGGAUCUCUCCGGUUAUAACCGACUUAGCCUAUUGGGCCUUUAA